AAAACCAAAAGUCAAACAACAACCAUUGUUCCAACACAUCACAUCUCAUAUGAUAUGCCGACUCCGAGGCCAAACUGGCCAUUCAUUUGGCCCAUCAAUAGAAGCCAAUGUCAUAGAAAACAACAAACUUUCAUCGAUUAUCUUUACAAUUUUGAUCAUCCAUUGUCUCAUUGUAUGCAUUGUUUGUGUGUGUCUUUUGGACAAACCUUCAUCUCUGCCACCUCUUCGGCAAAUUCUAACAAAACUGUGAAACAUAGACACAGAAACUAUUCAGUGACCAAAUUGUGUCCAACAAAAACAACCAUAGCUUUAACAUUAAUUAUAAUGUUAUUGCUUGAUGUGACUCAUGCUUGUGGUCCGGGAAGAGGUGGAGGUAGACGUCGAAGUCCUCGCAAAUUAACUCCUCUUGUCUUUAAACAACACGUACCCAAUGUAUCUGAAAAUACUUUAGGUGCGAGCGGACAACCAGACGGCAAAGUGUCCAAAGAUCACCAAAGGUUUAAAGAAUUAGUGCCAAACUAUAAUCCAGACAUCAUAUUCAAAGAUGAAGAGGGAACUGGAGCUGAUAGACUCAUGACACAGAGAUUGAAGGAGAAGUUAAACACUUUGGCCAUUUCGGUGAUGAAUCAAUGGCCUGGAGUUAAACUUAGAGUGACUGAGGGAUGGGAUGAAGAGGGACAUCACGCCAUCGAUUCACUUCAUUAUGAGGGCAGAGCUGUUGAUAUAACAACCAGUGAUAGGGACCGAUCCAAGUAUGGUAUGCUGGCCCGACUUGCCGUUGAGGCCGGUUUUGAUUGGGUUUACUAUGAAUCUCGAUUUCAUAUUCACUGCUCCGUUAAGUCCGAGAAGUCCGACGCUACCCGUUCUGGUGGUUGUUUUGAUGGCACCAGUAGUGUCUAUACAAAAGAUGGUGUACUGCCUAUUAAAGAUGUCAAAGUAGGCGAUGAAAUAAUGGCCAUUAAUUCAGACGGCAAUAUGCAGUUCAGUGAAGUCCUACUCUUUUUGGACCGAAAUCCCGAUGUGAAUGAACUAUAUUAUGACAUCGAGACAGAGUCCGGCGCUAAGAUAUCACUGACACCGUCUCAUCUGAUAUUUGUUUCCGAUGACAACACCACAGUAUUGAGUCGGCAAAUGACUCGAGCGGUGUAUGCAAGGAGUGUGCAAACGGAUCAGUUCCUCUAUACCUCCAAAUUGGGUGAUAACCAAACAAUGACAGCCACAGUGAACACUCAAAAGUCAAAUGAAAAACACUAUACAUUUCUGGACCGUGUCGUCAAUGUUCGCACCAGAGUAUCGACUGGUGCUUUUGCACCGUUAACUCGGGCCGGAAAUCUGGUCGUAAAUAAUAUAAUCGCUUCGUGUUAUGCAGUGAUCAAUGACCAGAGUGUGGCUCACAUGUCAUUCAUACCAAUCAGACUUUUUGAAUCAAUUAAAGAUACCAUUAUAUCAAUGGCCUCUUAUCUUCAUUUGUUAAGAGACCAGAAGUCAAGAGAUGAGAUGGUGUCGUCCAAUCAAAUCGGUGUUCACUGGUAUCCAAAAUUUUUAUAUAGUCUCGCAAAAUAUAUAGUGCCUUCAGAUCAUAUGUAUUGA